AUGCCCACUUCUUCCCUUCCUCUCUUAUAUCCAUGCAGGGACGAGGACGCGUGUGCCAUAAGGGAAAAGCUCCUCUCAGCCAAGGAGCUAGCCGUUGGCCCUCUCUCUCCGGCCCUCGUCCCCCCCCUCAUCCAACUCGCGCAGUCCCGCCUGACCAUCGGCCAAUCAGAGGGCGCGGAGCGGCUCCUGCGCCGCGCGCUGCAGAUCGCCAGGUCAGCGGUGCCAGCUGACGACGCGCGGUUGGCCGUGCCGAUCGAGCGCCUGGCGCUGUGCCUGGCUCAGAUGGAGCGAUUCGAGGAGGCUGAGAUGGAGCGAUUCGAGGAGGCUGAGGUGCUGGCGCGGGAGCACCUGAUGAUUGCUGAGGGGGCCGUGGAGAAGGCUGGACUGCGCGGGGAUACAGUGGAGAUGCUAGGGGCUGGCAAGGGAGCACCUGAAGAUACAGUGCAGAAGGCGGGAGUGCGCGGGGAUACAGUGGUGAUGCUAGCACAAGCCCAGCGCAACCCGGCGCUCAUACUCAUGGCCACAGGCCGGGCACAGGCAGCAGAGCUUGGCCCGCAGCCUGGUGCUCAUCCUCAUGGCUGCAGGGCAGGCAGAGGCAGCAGAGCUGGCCCCGUUCUCCCCAACCCAUCCUCCCAUCCCCCAUGCACUGCACUGUCUCUCCUCCUGUCUCUCCCCCAUCUCCCCGUGCUUGUUUUUCUCCCCAACUCCCCCCUCCCCUUCCCCCCAGCGCAAGCCCAGCGCAACCUGGCACUCAUACUCAUGGCAACAGGGAGGGCAGAGGCAGCGGAGCUGUUACUGAGGAAGGCUUUAGCGAGGAUGGAAGGAGCAGUGGGGCCCAUGGGGGAUGCAGCGCUGGUGAUUGCUGGGUCUCUGGUGGUGAAUCUGCAGCAGCAGGGGAGGGACGAUGAGGCUGAACCGUUGCUCAAGAGAUUGGCCCUUGCAGAAGCUGCGGCUACUGGGAAUUUGUGA